CAACGUUAGCGAAUCCAAGAGUUGGUCGAUAAAUGAGCGAAAGCUUGGUAUGGUGAACAGAUCCAGAUCCUGCGGGCUACUAAAGCGCACGUCCACCGCUGCAGGCUCCUUCUCUUCCUUCUCUUGUAGUCAUUGGCAACCACGCUUCGUCAAAAGGAUCGUCGGCCUCACUUUCGCUAGUCUUUCUCACCCUUGCGGUAUCAUCAAGUCACUCCUUCACUCAACCAACCUCACAUCGUGUCGCCAUGCGCGCUGCAACCACAAUUUCCCUGUUAGCGGCACUAGGUGGGGCUGUCGCACAGGAAGUCUACCUUGGAUUCAACUCGGGAGCGACGACCGACAGCGGUGCGACGAAGACGCAGGACGAUUUCGAAAAGGAAUUCCAGGCGGCACAGAAGCUGCAGCACUCCCCCGGCCUCUUCAACAGCAUCCGCCUGUACACGAAUAUCAAGCCUAAGACGGACAAUGACCCCAUCGAAGCCUUCCCCGCCGCGGUCAAAACGAACACCAAGCUUCUCCUGGGCAUGUGGUGUUCCGGCGUGGGGACAAUCGACAAUGAGCUGACCGCGUUGGAGAAGGCCAUCGAGCAGUACGGCAAGAACUUUACCGAUCUCGUCAUUGGCAUUUCGGUCGGCAGCGAGGAUCUGUACCGCGUCUCGGAGAGCGGUAUCAGGAACAAUGCCGGAAAGGGCCAGGACGCUGAGACAAUCAUCGCUUUCAUUGAUUCCGCCCGCGAAGCGCUCAAGGACACCGACCUCAAGGACAUCCCCCUCGGGCAUAUCGACACUUGGACUGCGUGGGUCAACGAGUCGAACACGGAUGUGAUUGACAGAGUCGACUUCGUCGGCGCCAAUCUCUUCCCGUAUUAUGAGGACGACAAGGGCAACGACAUCUCCAACGCAACCACUCUGUUCAAGGACGCGCUCAACCGUACCGAAAGCGCCGUGGGCGAUAAACCCGUCUGGAUCACCGAGACCGGAUGGCCGUCUACCGGCCCGAAUUUCGGCCAGGCCACAGCGACGCUGGAAAACGCGCAGACGUACUGGAACGACGUCGGCUGCACCUUGUUUGGAAGGAGGAACACCUGGUACUAUAUCCUGCGCGAUUCCAAUCCCGAUAACGAAAUGAAGUUCGCGCUUGACCCGGAGCUCGACAACAAGCCCAUCUUCAAUCUGACCUGCCCGGCGGACUCAGGGGCGCCCGCAUCGAUCAAUAACGAGGAGUCGGCGGCGGCGUCGAUAACGGUUUCGAUGAUGAAUACGGUGGCUCUGGGAUUGUCGAUGGUGUUCGCGAUGGCUGCUUGGAUUGUGUGAUUGCCGGGGCUGUAGUAGGCUGAAGUGAAUCCAACAC